CUCACUUCCAACUUCCAUUGACGGAGUGAACCAGUCCGGCAGAGGCCCGAACGUCCCGUGGGCUACUUACAAGUCAACAACUUGCGACAAUAGUUCUACUGUUAUUAUCAUCUCGCCAGCAUCACCAAAUACACCCCCUGACAUCCACUGAUCCAGUCUGUCCAGUGCCCAAGUGUCCAAGUGUUAGCUCAGCGGCAAAGGCAACAGAGUGGUGACGCCUCCCGCCGCCAGUGGUCUUUGCACGGACUGAGUCAUUCGCGAUCAUUCAACCACGAUCCUCGUCAAAUAGUCAAAUCUAUCGCAAGGUCUCACCUGAUUUCUGUAACACCGCUAUCUGCUACGACUCUCUUAUCACCUGUCGACCUCAUAUCAGAUCCGCUUCUUUUGUUUCUGCCUUGAUUUCUUUUUUUUUUCUCCUCUUGCACUACUUCCGGACCCACUGGGACUAGUCGCGUUCGCAGCGUGCUUCCUGGCAGGGCUUUCGCUGGCUAAACGAGAGGGGAGGGGGGCUUAUAUAUUUAAUAUCGUCCAGGUUCCGGUCGUCAAAAUGGAUGUCGCUUCUUCAUCGCCGCCGUCAACAUCUUCUCAUCCUCUUAUUCAAACAACUCCGCCGUCGCCGUCGCAGUCACAGUCGCAGACAGCAUCGCAGCCGUCGUCAUCUUCCUCGUCGCCAACGAGAUCCAACCUCAACCUCAACCUCAACCUCAAUAUCAAUCAUCAAAAAAGAAUUCCCAACGGGGUUUCAACCGGAAUACCGCGCUCUACUUAUAAUCCUCCCAAAACCGUGAUCGGACGAGCGCUAGGGACCGAGCUGCAUACGGAAGCCCACAAGCCUGUCCAAUUGACCUCUCAGCGGCGUCUGUCCAAGGACGGAGUCGGGAUGGCCCUGUCUGAUACUCCGAUUUCUACCGCACCGAGUUCUCCGCAGAUACGCGCGCAAUUACACUCUGCCAUAUCCACACCCUCAUCCUCCGCCGCUCAUACACCCAAACCCCGCGCCACAACCCUCGACAUUCCAGGCCUCACCCGUUCCAAAGUAUCCCCCGAUGGACGCAUUCCCGAACGCGAUCUCGGCUCCAAGCUGGUCAUUGUCAUGGUCGGCUUGCCGGCUCGAGGCAAAAGCUACAUCACAAAAAAGCUAGCGCGGUACCUGAACUGGCUACAACACGACACACGUAUAUUCAACGUCGGCGAACGACGGCGUAUCGCCGCUGGCACGGGUAGUCCUGAUCCGAUCAUGAGGCAUAGAACAAACAGCUCUAUCGACCAAGCCCUCUUUGAAUCUGUGCGCAGAAUGAGCGUAAACGCUGCAAGCUUUGGCGCAUUACCUCCGUCGCCGCCUGAGAAGGCCGAUCCUCUCCCGCCACCAGCUAUGUCGGUGUCACCACCGGCGGAUAUUCAGGUCAAUGGGCAACAUGUCGAUGCGCCGGGACCGAUGCCACUCUCGCCAAGGGCCAGUCUGGCCGUAGAUACGAGUCCCGAACCGAAGCGCGAAUCUAUCGACCAGUCUGCGGCUUUCUUUGACCCCAAGAACCGCGAGGCAGUCCAGCUCCGCGAACAGGUUGCGCUAGCCACGCUAGACGAAUUACUGGACUACGUUCUCGAUCAGGGUGGUAGUAUCGGUAUAUUGGAUGCAACCAACAGUACACUUGAGCGCCGCAAAACGAUCAUGGAUCAUAUCCGUCAACGCGCCGGUCCCGAGUUAGGGGUGCUGUUUCUUGAAAGUCGCUGCGUUGAUCCGGUGCUGUUAGAAUCGAACAUGCGAUUGAAACUGUCUGGUCCGGAUUAUCGCACGCAAGAUCCCAUCAAAGCGCUGGAAGAUUUCAAGAAGCGAGUCGCCCUUUACGAAAAAUCAUACGUUCCUCUUGGUGAUUAUGAAGAACAAAACGACAUGGCAUACGUACAAAUGAUCGACGUAGGCCGAAAAGUUGUCGCACACCAAACAAACGGAUUCUUAUCCUCGCAGGUUGUCUACUAUCUGUUAAACUUCAACCUCUCCCCUCGCCAGAUCUGGAUUACCCGCCACGGCGAAAGUAUCGAUAACCAACUAGGCCGUAUCGGCGGCGAUUCUGAGCUGAGCGAAAACGGGCACAAAUACGGCCGUGCCCUGGCGCGAUUCAUUGACGACCAGCGCCAGAAAUGGGAAGCAUAUCAAGCCGAGAAGGCCAUGACAAGCCAUUUCCCGCCGCACCCGGGAGAUAGUACACCACCAAACCCGUCUUACGGAGCAAACAGCAACAAACCACGCAAUUUCUGCGUGUGGUCCUCAAUGAUGAAACGCGCUAUUCAGACUACGUCGUACUUUAACGAUGACGAUUACGAUAUUAAACAGAUGCGUAUGCUUGAUGAAUUAUACGCCGGUAAAAUGGAAGGUUUAACCUACGACGAAAUCAAAACUAAAUACCCGGAAGAAUACGAGAGUCGUCGCAGGCAGAAACUCGAGUAUCGCUACCCCGGUCCCGGUGGAGAGGGUUAUUUGGACGUGAUUAAUCGAUUGAGAACGGUCAUUGUGGAAGUUGAGCGUACUAUCGACCAUGUCCUCCUCGUCACCCAUCGGUCUGUUGCGCGUGUAUUGCUGGCAUAUUUCCUGGGUUUGGAUCGGGAUCAUGUCGCUGGUCUCGAUGUUCCGUUGGGAGUGCUGUAUAUGCUUGAACCAAAGCCGUAUGGAGUUGAUUUCAAGGCGUACAAGUAUAAUCCUGAGACGGAGUGGUUUGAUUAUAUGCCCAAGUUUGAGUUGCAUCAGUCUAAGACUGGUUAAUUUGUUUUCUUCUGUGAGUAUCUUGUUUGACGUGUUUGAUCUGGCGAAGAUAGAUGUUGCAUUUACGGCUUAUAGGGUUUGUUGUAAGAGUUGUUGCAUGGUGCUGGCGUUAUGGAUGUAUAUGUGUUAUCUGUAUGAAUUAUGUUUAAUGACUGUACAUGUUUUACUACUGUUCAAUACAAUCGACUUCACAAUUCGAUUAUA